AUGUGGCAACAAGAGGAUGCCACACUCAACAUGUGGCAACAAGAGGAUGCCACACUCAACAUGUGGCAACAAGAGGAUGCCACACUCAACAUGUGGCAACAAGAGGAUGCCACACUCAACAUGUGGCAACAAGAGGAUGCCACACUCAACAUGUGGCAACAAGAGGAUGCAACACUCAACAUGUGGCAACAAGAGGAUGCAACACUCAACAUGUGGCAACAAGAGGAUGCCACACUCAACAUAUGGCAACAAGAGGAUGCAACACUCAACAUGUGGCAACAAGAGGAUGCCACACUCAACAUGUGGCAACAAGAGGAUGCCACACUCAACAUAUGGCAACAAGAGGAUGCCACACUCAACAUGUGGCAACAAGAGGAUGCCACACUCAACAUGUGGCAACAAGAGGAUGCAACACUCAACAUGUGGCAACAAGAGGAUGCAACACUCAACAUGUGGCAACAAGAGGAUGCCACACUCAACAUGUGGCAACAAGAGGAUGCCACACUCAACAUAUGGCAACAAGAGGAUGCCACACUCAACAUGUGGCAACAAGAGGAUGCAACACUCAACAUGUGGCAACAAGAGGAUGCCACACUCAACAUAUGGCAACAAGAGGAUGCAACACUCAACAUGUGGCAACAAGAGGAUGCCACACUCAACAUGUGGCAACAAGAGGAUGCCACACUCAACAUGUGGCAACAAGAGGAUGCCACACUCAACAUGUGGCAACAAGAGGAUGCCACACUCAACAUGUGGCAACAAGAGGAUGCCACACUCAACAUAUGGCAACAAGAGGAUGCCACACUCAACAUACGGCAACAAGAGGGUGCAACACUCAACAUGUGGCAACAAGAGGAUGCAACACUCAACAUGUGGCAACAAGAGUGUGCAACACUCAACAUGUGGCAACAAGAGGAUGCAACACUCAACAUAUGGCAACAAGAGGAUGCAACACUCAACAUGUGGCAACAAGAGGAUGCAACACUCAACAUGUGGCAACAAGAGGAUGCCACACUCAACAUGUGGCAACAAGAGGAUGCCACACUCAACAUGUGGCAACAAGAGGAUGCAACACUCAACAUAUGGCAACAAGAGGAUGCCACACUCAACAUGUGGCAACAAGAGGAUGCAACACUCAACAUGUGGCAACAAGAGGAUGCCACACUCAACAUAUGGCAACAAGAGGAUGCUCAGUAA